GUAGGCUAAUACCUCCGUCGGGGUAAUUCAUUUUGGAGGAGCAGACUAAGAAGCAGCAGAAGCAAAAUGAAGACAGCUUUUGUUAUUGUUUUGACCCUUCUAACCAUUUUUGUAGAUGCCUCGCCAAUACUACCAGAAAAACAAGCCAAGCAGCUUUUGAGAACCCGUCGCGAAGACAGACCAAGAAAAGCUGGCUUUCCUGAUGAACCAAUGAGGGAAUACCUGCUUUACCUCCAGCAACUGGAACAGAGAUCUGAAGAACAAUUCUUUGAGCACUGGCUGAAUCCACACUGCCUCCCACAUUGCAACAGGAAUAUAGUUCACCCGGUGUAAAAGGAUCAUCCUUCUGUGUGUGGGAAAAGGAACAGUCAACGUUAAAUGAGACAAGAUUCACCUAGUACUGUCUAUGCCAGUAGAACAUCCAAGGCUUGGGUGUUUUUGGAGACUAAUCUGCGGUCCUAGCUACUUAGCUGAGCUUUCUUGGUAAUGACGAUAAGCGCUUCAUUUUGAUGAAAAAGCACAGGUAUACAUUUGUGCAAUCUCCCAGGCCUCCGUCUCUCUCUGAAACAUGGAACCGUGAUUUCUAGUUUAGAAAGCGGUAAGGUUCCUUAGAUAUCCCUAAGAAUUCUGAUGCUCUUCUUGUUCUUCAAAAUGCAGCCAUCUGAAGUGGUUUAAGUCAGCAUCUGUGCAUCUGUUUUUAAGUCAACAACCUCAACGGCCAAGGAACAUAGCUGUCAACCUUCCCCUUUUUUGCGGGAAAUUCCCUUAUUCCAGUGCCGUUUCCCGCGGCUUCCUGCUGCUGUCCCGGAUUGUUAGAUAUCCCAUAGACUGUCCCCGGGACAGGUGAGGCUGCUGAUCCCUUAUUUUCGAGGCUGCUGUUCCCUUAUUUUCAAAUCUGAAAGUUGACAGCUAUGCCAAGGACUUCCUGUACCCCGGCAUAGUUUCCUUUAACUGCAAUGAUUUGCCCAUUGACUUGGGAGCAAAGUUCCUCUGAACUGAGCAUUCCUGCAUUGCUCGGUUGGUUAGAGCGCCUGGUGCUGAUAAUGCCACGGUUGCGAGUUUGAUCCCCAUAUGAGACAGCUGUUUGGACUAGAUGAUCCUCAGGGUCUUUUCCAACUCUACAGUUCUGAUUUUAUGCAUGGAACUGUGCUGCCUCCUUCUCCCAUCCCUGCUCAUUCUUUAGCAAUUAUAAUGUAUAAUCUGAUCUGACGCCUGAUUUGGAACUGAAUCCUACCCAGUUUAAUAAAAUGUACUCCCAGAGAAGAUGGGGAUCUUAAUGAUCUAUACUGCCCCUCUAGCAAGACCAGAUGCAAAAGAAGGCAGGACCCCUGUACCCUUACUAGUUGCAUAGAAGCGGGGAUUUCAGCAGGUGUAGCUUGUUAACGGAAAAAUCCGAGGGCUCCCUUGGACAAAAACAAAGACACCAACCAGGAUUAUUUGGAGCAAAACAGCAGCCUGUAGGCUUGGCCUUUAUUGAUCUGUUGCAACAGGGUGCUCCCCUCACCUGCAGGAGAGAGGAGGGACCCAGAAAAAUGGCAUGCAAGGCCUUAUAAAGACUUUUAAAAUUCCCACCCUGUAGAUCAAGACCACCCCCAGAAACAUCAUACAUAAAUCACAGAAGGGGUGUAACCUAAGACCACCCCUCAGAUACAUCACACCUACAUCACAGAAAAGGCGGUCUAAAACAGAAAUUUUAAUAUUGUUUUUUUUCCUCCCGUCCUUGUUUAUCUCCUGUCUGGCAGGUUACUUGAUUGGAUUUCCUGGGUAGCCUGGCUAGUCUUUUGUAAUGAUAAGUACUUAGUUCCUGAGCCCGGUCACAGGCUCACACCCUAUUCAAACACAGACAUACCCUUAAGACAGGAUUUGUGAAGGAAAAGACAAUGGGGAGGUUUCCCACUUUGACCUUACAGAGAAAACAUUUGCUCAGUUUAGGAAUCAAAAUGGUUCCAGGUUGGCCUUCCUGUGCUGAUCUAUGUAUGUGCUUGGUUGGUACACUUAUGAACAUUACCAUAUAUCUAAUACCGUAAAAUUCCUAUCACAAGCUUAAAUGGCAAGCAGACCCACUGAAAUCACCUCUUCUUCUGCACAGCAAGUAAUGGUACAGAAGUCCUGUCCAUUUUUUCACCUUGCUGCCCUCCCCCUUCCUUCUUUUCCGCUACUUCUAUUUGUUUGUUCCCCUCAGUUUCUCUCUCUUUUUUUCUGAUCUUAAUUUCCGUUUCUCCGCACUUCCACAGCAACGUGCAUAUUUUUGUUUAAAAAUCCCCACGAAGAUUCGUCGUCUCAUUGCAAACUUCUCCUAAUGCACACAUAUUUGAACACAGUUUUGACUGAGCUACACUUUUUUUUGAAUGCCAUUUCCUCCAAUACAAUGCCUUUUUGUGCACAUCAUCUGGUCCUUCAUUAUUGUGGAGAAGUGCACAUUUUGAAGGGUUUUGUCUCGUGUAUCAGUUGGGCAGUACAAAUAGGGGUAGUUUCUAAUUAAAACAGCUUGUGUCCUCAGAGAUGUCCUUUCAAGAAUGCAAGUGUGUGUGUAUAAACACAUAUUUCUUUGAAGUUUGAGGAAUACGUAGCUGCAAUUUUGUUCCAAAUGUCAGAAACUUCCACUUUGGGGUAGAAAAGGAAAUUGGAAGCUUUCACUAAUAAGUAGCCACAGGGGCAAAUAAUGUAGCGGAUUUGGAAGAUGAGCUGAAUGACAGUAGUUUUGCUAAUUACUUUGUAAUUAAAUGCAACCAUUUGCUCAGCAUUAGCUUUCUGUUAAUUGCCUCAUAUAAAACCUGCUUCAAACAAA